AGAGAUAGAGAGAGAGAGAGAGAGAGAGAGAGGACCCCCCUUGACCUUCUUCUCUGUUUUUUAGUUUGUCAAUCUUUUUCUUCUCUUUCUACCCACAAGGGGUUUUGCUGUUUUCAAUUCUGUGUUGUGUAUAUUUAUUGAAGUCCUUGUUCUCAUUAGUUUUAUAUUAUUAUUAAUAUUAGCUCUGCUGCAACUUGUUCAUCGACCCUUCUCUCUUUCUUCAACUUCUAAACUUUCUUUACAGAAGACAAAGAGAAAAAAAAUUAAAAAAAAAGGAGUAAAGAAAACAAGAAAUGUAUGCGGAUGCGACAACAGGGCUAAUGUUCCCAUAUUUUCAGAACUUGUCAUCAUCUGAUGCUCAACUAUUUGAUGAUUUCUGUCACUCCCACAAGUCCAUAUCUACUUGCUUAUCGCUAUUGAUGGAUCUUCCUUCGUAUGUUCAGGAUAGCCUAAUUCAGACCCCGACUACCACUACUACUUAUAUAUCAGAUUAUGAUCUUGGGGGCGAAGGGGAUCUCUUCAAAGCACCAGAACCGAUUAUUGAACAGCCAUUGAUUAGCCCGGCCAUGACAUGUACCAUGUCAAUGAUCUCUAACUGUGGAGAAGAUGCCAUUUCGCCCAACCAACUCAAAGUUACAGACAUUGAAUCCCUUCAAAACGAGGAGUUUCUGAAUGAUGUUUUCUACGACUGCAAAAAUAUUUUGGCAAAAGAAGUAGCAACUGGAACUGAAUCCUCGCCAUAUCCCCAAGUCCUAAAUCCCAAUUUAACCGAUGAAAACUCUGUCGUGAAGGAACAUGUUCUUCCUCCAUCAUAUCAAAUUCCAAAAAGCAUAAGCUCUGAUUGUCUAACCUCCAUGGAUUGGAUUCAGGGGACUCAAGUUAAACCAAGUUAUCUGAACUUCAGUGAAAUAGAUUUUGGUGGCAUGCGAAGGGCCUUCAGUGAAGGAGACAUCAAGACUCUUGCUGAUGCUAACACGAGCCUCAUUCAUCAUCAUCAUCCUGGGCAGCCAUCGCCACUACUCAGUGAGCGCAGCACUGAAGACCGUAUGCAAAAGCUCUCAAGAUACAGGAACAAGAAAACAAAGAGGAAUUUUGGCAGAAAAAUCAAGUAUGCUUGCAGGAAGGCUUUGGCGGACAGUCAACCGAGGAUCAGAGGAAGAUUUGCCAAGACAGAGACGAACCUGACAUUUUGAGAAAUAAGUGAUCAUAUAUACUUUAAUUACUAUGAUCGAUCAGUGUAUGUAGAAAUUAUCAAGAGAAAUGAAGGUAGAAUAAUGCAGCAGAUAGAGAAUGGUACUCCUACUAGCUAGCCAGAUCGAGCUUAUUUACAAUCUGACGACAGAUGGAGGGAAAUAUUAUCUGAGAUUGAGGCUCCAUUAUGCAUAUACCACCAAAAUUAACCCCUCUUAUUUAUUAAUUAAUGUACUACUACUAGUAGUAAAAUAAAUCUUCCUAGGUAGUGCUGCUGCUGGUAGGUAGAUCCAUGGAAGAUGAUGAAUGUCGAAAUUGUGUUGUAUAUAUAGUAUAUUAGACUAUUAGUAUUUGUUGAAUAACUUAAGAUGACUGCUUGCUUUCUUGGUUGGUUUAAGAAUGUAAUAAUUGUAUGGCCGGUCCGGAUUUCUUUCUAAA